AUGGAAAUGAAGUGGUACCGGAGAUGGCAGCUGGCCACUCUCCAGCGCCAACCUCUGGACAUUCACACCACUCCCCGGGGUGACUUCGUGGGAAACAAGGAACGGCUGCACACGAGCACUGGAGCAGCAGAGAUCCCAUUCCUCGCUACAACAAGCAACGUGACAAAGCUGGCGUUGAAUUCUUCCUACCCUACGGCUCCCCGGGCAGGUCAGCAGAUCAGGAAAUUGAUUAAAGAUGGUCUGAUCAUCCGCAAACCUGUCACCGUUCACUCUCGUGCCCGAUGCAGGAAGAACACCUUGGCCCGCCGGAAGGGCCGGCACAUGGGCAUCGGUAAGAGAAAGGGUACGGCAAAUGCUCGUAUGCCCGAGAAGGUGACCUGGAUGAGGAGGAUGCGAAUCCUGAGGCGCCUGCUCCGCAGAUACAGGGAGUCCAAGAAGAUCGAUCGCCAUAUGUACCACAGCCUGUACCUGAAGGUCAAGGGUAAUGUGUUCAAGAACAAGCGGAUCCUGAUGGAGCACAUCCACAAGCUCAAGGCCGAUAAAGCCCGCAAGAAGCUCUUGGCGUAA